AUGUCGAAAUUCCCGGUUCCGCUUCGAACAAUCGGCGGUCUUCGGCCGUCGGCGACAGCCGCUGUCUCCACGGCGAACCUCGGAUUCUCAACAGCUAGCCAUCGCGCGUCGAGCACCGGAGUUUCUAAAACCGCUCUUUUUGAGAAUAUUGCCCGUAGAUAUCCAUCAGCCGCGGUGUUCUCGAUGAAGAGUGUCCGAAUGUACAGCUCCGGCAAUUUGCCUCAGCACAAGCGUGUUGCGCUUCCAGCACUUUCGCCAACCAUGGAAAUGGGAACUGUCGUCAGUUGGCAAAAAAAAGAAGGAGACCAAUUGAGCGAAGGAGACUUGUUGUGUGAAAUCGAAACCGACAAAGCUACCAUGGGAUUUGAGACACCCGAAGAGGGCUAUCUCGCAAAAAUCUUGAUUCAGGAAGGAUCUAAGGAUGUUCCAAUUGGAAAGCUUCUCUGUAUCAUUGUCGAGAACGAAAGCGAUGUUGCUGCAUUCAAGGAUUUCAAGGAUGAUGCUUCCGUGGCUCCGCCAGCUGCUCCAGCAGAGCCAAAGCCGGCUACCCCACCACCGCCACCAGCAGCAGCUCCGGCAGCUCCAGCACAAUUGCAAUACCAGCCACCAGCGGUACCAAAAUCCGCGCCAAUUCCACCACCAUCUUCUGGGCGCGUCCCAGCUUCGCCGUUUGCCAAGAAAAUCGCCGCUGAACAAGGAAUUGAUAUCUCAACAGUAGCAGGAAGUGGACCAGGUGGCCGCGUGCUUGCUGCAGACCUUGCUUCUGCUCCACCAAAGACGGCUACUUCUGCUGGAGCAGCUUCUUCUGGUGAAGACUAUACCGAUAUUCCGUUGACGAACAUGCGCAAGACUAUUGCUAAGCGACUAACUGAAAGCAAAUCGAAUAUUCCUCAUUAUUAUUUGACAAGCGAGAUUCGAUUGGAUAAUCUCUUGCAAGUUCGCGAAAAGCUCAACGCUCUCCUUCAAAAGGGAACAUCUGGCAAUGCCACUAAGAUCUCAAUCAAUGAUUUCAUCAUCAAGGCUUCCGCUCUUGCGUGCAAGAGAGUUCCAGAAGCCAACAGCUACUGGAUGGAUACGUUUAUUCGCGAGAAUCACCAUGUCGAUGUUUCGGUAGCAGUUAGCACUCCGGCUGGAUUGAUCACUCCGAUUAUUUUCAAUGCUCAUGCCAAGGGACUUGCUACUAUUGCUUCUGAAGUUGUUGAGCUUGCACAAAGAGCCAGAGAAGGAAAACUUCAACCACACGAAUUCCAAGGAGGAACAUUCACUGUCUCGAACCUCGGAAUGUUCGGAAGCGUGUCGGACUUCACUGCGAUCAUCAACCCACCGCAAUCAUGCAUUUUGGCGAUUGGAGGUGCUACUGAUAAGCUUAUCCCUGAUGAUAAUGACGGAUUCAAAAAGGUUAAGACGAUGAAGGUGACGCUCUCAUGCGACCAUCGUACCGUUGACGGAGCUGUUGGAGCAGUAUGGCUGCGACACUUCAAAGAGUUCCUCGAGAAGCCUCAAACAAUGCUCCUUUAA